CUCCCUCCCAGUUGUCUGUUGACAAACGUGACCAAUGCAUAUCUCUGUCCCAUCGUCGCCAAGUGGAAUAAAAUGUAAUUUUACGAGAUUUUGUCGACGUUGUGAGGUUUCACGUUGAUUCUUCAUGAAGCUGUGAAUCCGGUCUAAACUGAAACCAUGCUGAAAUGGCUUUCCGGUGAAGAGGGAGAGCCUGGCUCUGUAGGUCCAGGCUCUCCCCGUGCUGCUGCUGCUGCUGCUGCUGCUAGUGGAGGAGAGGUUACUGUAGAAGAAAUGUCGGAGCGGCUCACCCAAACCGAGCUGCUUGUCACUCAGCUGAAGGAGAUGAUCCGGGAGAAAGACGCAGCACUUCGCUCCAAAGAUGACCAACUUAAGGUGGAGAAGGAGACAUGCGAGUCCAAAUUGUCGAAGCUGCGUCUUCAGAACAAGGCCAAGGUGACCUCCCUCAACUCACAGCUGGAGGAGCUGAAGAAACAACAGGGAGGUCAGGGCACGCCAACACACAGCAAAAAGGGGUCUUCAGAAGGAGCAGGAGAGCAUGCCAGUCGGGGCAAGAUUGUCUUGCUGAAGAAAAAGGUGGAGGAACUAGAACAGCAGCUCGCACAAAGACAGGAGGAACUGGAAAACAAGAGGAAGGAGGUCGAGUUACAGCGGCAGCGGGGCGAGGAAAUGGACGCCAUGCUGACAGAGAGGGACAGGAAGCUGGCGGAAAAAGAAGCCUAUAUUGUUCACCUGCAAACAGCGCUGGCAGGAGAUCAGCCCAUCCCACCUGCACCACAAGAAAAGGUGGCAGAGGACAGUGGAGCAAUGCAGGAGCUGCAGCUGCUGGUGCAAAGCCUGACCAAGAAGGUGGGAGAUGCGGAGGAGCGCUACAGUUUGCUGCAGGAGCAGACAGACAGCUUCAAAGAGCUGCUGGCCACAGAGAAGGAGCAGUACAUUCAAAAGGAGACCAUGUACAAACAGAACAUCCAGACAUUCAAAGACAUCAUUAUUCAGAAAGAUAACCAGCUGCUGGAGAUUAACCAGAUGCACGAACAGGAGCUCUUCAAGCUAGCAGCGAAGUCUGACGCCAGCGCAGACUUAGAGCAGCUUUUGAAGGCUCUAAAACAGAAGCUUCAUGAGAAGGAGGAGGUGCUGCUGGGUAAAACGCAGGUCAUUGAUGUUCUCCAGGGAGAGGUGGAUGGCAGGGACCAACAGAUAAAGGAGCUUGCAGAGCGGCUGCGUCGACUACAAGUAGAACGAGAGAGCCUGGAAUCCAAGAUGGAGGCAGAGAAGCAUGUGAUGCGAGCGCAACUCCGCGACCUGAUGGAGAAGCAGCAGGCGGAGGUGCAGCGAAUGGCUGAGCAGCAUCAGGCACAGAUGGCCCAAACGCAGCAGGAUCUCCUGGGGCAGCUGCAGGAGCUGAGGAGGGCCUCGGUAGCGGCACCAUCUCCCAGUCAGGAGGCCACAGGAAGUGGAAGCAUGCCCGCAGAUUCAGCCUCCAUCCAAAGGAUCGCUGAGCUGGAAGUUCAAGCAAAGCAAAAAACAGACGAAGCGAGCAGAUCAGAGACCAAGUUCCUGAAAAUGAAAGCCUGGUCUAAAUCUCGGAUCAGACAGUUGGAAGAGGAGUUGAAGAAAAGCCAUGCUGGAGGUGCCCCCCCAGACCUGACUGCCCUGCGGAGUCGUAUCACAGCACUGGAGGAGGAGCGAGAGGAAAACCUCUGGAAAGUGGAACAAUAUGAGGAGCUCAAAGCAAAGAACGAAAUGCUGGAGGCCAAGCUGGUGGUAUAUGAGGAGCAACAGAGGACACUACAAGCAGACCUGGAGCAGUUCACCAAGAGGGCCGCCUCUCAGGCAAGUGAGUCAGGCAGUGCCGAUGACACUCAGAGCCAGGUGCUGGAGUGGCAGGAGAUGGUAGCUGAGGCAGUCAGCGCCAGGGACCGGGCCAAGGAGGAGAAGACUGUCAUGGCCCUCCGCAUUAGCCACAUGGAGGAGGAAAGAGAGGAACUGAUUGAGGAUGACUGGUUCUUUCCUGGCUGCUCCGAUCCAGCACUGGCCACUCGGCAGCAGGAGUUGGAGGAGGAGCUGAGUCAAGCUCGGGGGCUCGGCCAACACCGGGCCAAGAAGCUGGCAUCUCCCGCCCAACGAAGCCUGCAGGAGGACUUUGAAUUUGAUGGGCAGGCCCCAUUCCAGGACCCACGGAGCAGCUCUGAGAGCACGAACCCGAUGGAGGGAGAGAACAUGGGAGGUUGGUGGCCCGAGCACAGUACUCCAGAUACAGAUGGUUUGCGGUCUGUUGUGGAGGAGCUGGAGCUGGAAAGGAACCAACUGCAGGAGCAGAUCCUGAGCCUGGAGGAGCGCUGUCAGGAUCUGGAGGAUCGACAGCAGCUGCAGUCCCGCAUAGAGACGUUACAGAAUGAGUCCGAGAGACUACAGAGCCAGCUCGCCAGCGUCCGAAGUCAACAGAGCAGAGACGCAGAGAAGCAUCAGCUACUGGUUAGCAGCCUCAACGAACAGCUCAAAGGGCUGAGUAACACACAGGAGUGCCUGGAGAGCUCACUCAUCGAGAAGGAGAAUACGUUGGCCAAGACGUCCGAGAAGCUCGAGCUCAUCAACGGCCUCCGAGAAUCUUUGAGUGAAAAAGAAAUUCAGUACAAAGAGGUGUCUGACAAGCUCCUUCAGGCUGAGAACACUCUUGAGAAUGUUUCCAAGAAAUGCAGCAGCUCGGAGAAACAGUGCUCUGAGCUGAAAACAGAAGUUGUCGACCUCACGCAGAAGCUGAGUUUGCUGAAGGAGAAGACACAAAAGCAGGAAGUCAAGAUAGAAACUUUACAAACUGAGCUUGAUCAGACAAACGAGGAGCUGGACAAACUAAACUCCGCCCACUUGGAAGAACGAGCCCAACUCAUUCAUGACCUGCAAGGCUGCGAGCGGGAAAUCGAUAGGCUUAAAGACGUCCUGCUGGAGAAGGAUGAGGAGAUAUCGACCCUCUCCGGUAACAUGGCCGAGUACGCAGAGCAGGUCACUGUGCUGAAGCAGGAGAUCCGACUCAAAGACGAGAACCUGGUCCGUGUAGAAACCGCUCUGAGUAAGGCAGAGCUGGAGGCCAGGAUUAUCAGAGACACGCAGAAUUCAGACCAGCAAGCCUUGGUCACAGAGCUGGUCCAGAAACUCAAGGAUACUGAGAUGGAGUUGGUCAAAACCAAAGAGGAAAGGGAGUCUAAGGUGGCUGAGGGGGAACAUCUGAUAAAGCAGGCAGAAGAGGACAAGAAAACUAUUCAGUGCCUUCGGGGGGAGACCCAGAAACAGAUUAUGAGCCAUCAAAAUCAUCUUUCUGAAUGUGAAACGCACAUCACUUCACUAAAGGAGCAGCUGGCUUUAUCCACCCAAAAGCUGCAGGAAUCAGAAGGACUCCUUUUGCAGCUCAAGGACAAAAAUACCAGCAGUGAGCAACUACAGCAACAGCUUAAUGAUAAAGAACAGACCUAUGAAAAAGAACUCAAAUCUUUCAAGGAGGAACAGAACAAACUUUUGGCACAGGUGGAAAAAUACAAUAAUGAAAUGCAGACAUUGUCCAAACAAUUAGAGGAGCAAGUGCAAAGUGAAGAGCACAUUAAAAAUGAGGUACAGGAGAAACUGAAGACCAUAGCAUCACUGGAAAACCAACUGAAGACAACUGAUAAACAGGCCGAGGACGAGAGGCAGAAAUUCAACGCUGAAUUGCAAAACCGGGAUUCAGAAAAUGAGAAAUUGAGCAACGAGCUUCAAAGCAAAUCUGAGAAUAUCUCCAAACUCAAGAAUCUCUUAAAAAGCAUGAAGACGGAGAAAAAGCAGCUGCAAGAAAAACUUAAAGGGCUGACGGAGGAUCUUGAGCUACAGAAGCAGAAUGUAAAUCAGUUUAGUGAAAAGAUUGCAUCGGCUCUUGAACUCAACCAGAGUCUUGAGAAUCAAGUAGAUUGCCUUACGAAAGAGAAAGAGAGACUCGAACUGGAAGUAACUGAAAGCGUAAAAACUAUUUCCGAAGUUACACUUGAAAAGGAUUCCCUGCAAGCCAAAGUAUCCAUACUGGAAACGCAGCAUUCUCAGAAUAACACGGUAAUUGAAGGGCUACAAAAAGAUAAAGAGGAUUUGACUCUUCGAACUAGUGAGUUAAAUCGAGUUCUCGAGCAAAGCACACACUCAAACUCAGAGAUUCUGCUGGCAAAAACAAAUGAAUGUAGUAAUCUCAGCCAGUCACUCAGGGAGAGGGAGGAGAGGGUGACACAACUGCAGGAGCAAGUGCAAAGCUUGACUUCCAAGGUAGACCAGCUCCAGCUUGACAUGGCAGAAAAAGAGCAGACGGUCAAUGAUCAUCGAGCACAGAUAGAGGCCCAACAAAACCAGCAAGCGCAACUUCAGGAAACACUGUCUCUGCUGCAAGAACAGGAGCACAGUCUGAAGUCCGUGUUAAUGGAGAAGGAUACACUAUUGAAAGAGAAGCAGGAAGGGUAUCGCAGUUUGCAGAAUGAAAUCACACACCAGAAAGAUAUUGUAUCCAAGCUACAAGCAGAAGCCGAAUCACUUCAUGGAGAACAAUCAGGACUUCGCCAGCAAAUUGAAGAGAGAGAAGAAAUGUUGAAAAAUGUGACACAGCACUGUCAAAAACACAAAGACGAAGUCAAUGAAACAAACAACACUGUUAAAGCUCUGAGUGACCAAAUCCGUGUAAUGGAAGAAAAUGCCAGAAAGCUCGAGUGUGAAGCAGAGCUGAGGCAAACGGAGACGGCUAGCUUAAACAGCCACAUCCAGGCGGUGACUGAGGAAAACCUCCAACUUCGCGCUGCCUGUGAAGCCAGAGACAAGGAGCUUGCUCGGCAAACACAGACUCUGUCCGAGCUUCAUGGACAGCUUAAAGCGACUCUUGAGCAGAACUCCGUAUUUAGCGUGAAGAUAAGCAGCCUAACAGAAAACAAUCAGAGACUCCAAGAGGAGUUAGCACAGAACAUCAAAUCAGUUUCUGAACUAACCGCGGAGAGGGAUUCACUUCAAGAGCAAAACUCUAAGAUUCAAAUUCAAACCUCAGAGAAUCAGAAAAUAAUUGACGGCCUGCUGAAGGAAAAGGAAAAGCUUGCUGUUGCAGAAGAUGAAUUAAAAAAGAUCCUCAAGGAAAGUGAACAGUCAAACUCUGCAGGUUUGCUCGAGAAAACAAGUGAAUGUGCUCGUCUGUCAAAAAUGUUGAGGGAGAGGGAAGAGCAAGUUCAACGUCUAGAAGAGCAACGUGAUGGCUUAAAAAAGCACGUCAGUCAACAGAUUUCACAGUUGGAAGCUCAGCAGGACCAGCUGCUGCAACUUCAGGAUACUAUAUCUAUGCUUCAGGAACAAGGAUCUGUUCUCAAGUCAGGGCUAAUGGAGAAAGACGCAAUGCUUCAGCAGAAAGCAGAGGAGUGUAGCGUUAUUCAGGAUGAAGUCGUGCAGCAGAAAGCCCUCGCAUCACAGAUGAAGGGUGAGGUAGAGUCACUCAGGCAAGAGUGCUCGGAGGCGAAACAGCACACAGAGCAACUAGAACAGACAUUGAAAGAAGUAAGAAAUGAGUGUAAAAACCACAAAAACGAGCUGGAUAAACGGAACGAAUCGGUGAUCUCGCUCAGCAGCCAGCUUGGUGCCAUGAACGAGAGCGCUGCACAGACCGAGGUUGAAGUUGCCAACCUAAAGGCCGCCGUGCAGAAACUCACUGCAGAACUGACACAGGAGGAGGACCAGAGGAAAGCAGAACUCGUUGAUUUUAACGACAACAUAGAAGCACUGAAGGAGGAGAAUACAAGAUUGAAGUCUGAAUUUAAGAAAACCGUGACAGAUUUGUCCAAAGCACACGAAGAGGUUACCCAUCUGAAAACGGCAGUCUGUGAUGGGGACAACCAACUCAAAACUGCAGGCUCAGAAAGGGAGAGGCUUAAUUUGAUCAUGCAAGAAAAAGAUGAGUCCCUGAGACAGCAGGAGAAUUUGAUCCAGCAACUCAACAGUAGGAUUACUGAGCAGGAGGAGCAGCUGAAACAGAAAGCAGAUGACAAUGUCCGUUCAAGUGCAAAAGUUUCAGAGCUUGAAGAUUCUGUUUUUCAACUCAGAGGACAGGUUGACAGUCUUUCUUCAGAGUCACAUGUACUGAAAAAUACAUUGGAGAAAAAGGAGCAGUCGAGUCUUGAAUAUCAAAGCCAUUUUUCAGGUGCCGUUGAGAAUCUUAAGUCAAAUCUACAUGCCAAAGAGGUAGAGUGUGAGAGCUUGAAAGAAAAGACUUCACACCUUGAAGAGUCAGUCGCAAAGCUCAAAAGCACCCUCCAAGAACAGAUAUCUGAGGUAGAAAAUCUGAAGAAGGCCUUGGAGGAAAAACAGGCAGCUCUUUUGGACCAAUCAAAGUCUCUUCAGGAUUGUCAGAGAAGAGCAGAUGAGGCUUUGCUCUUUAAAACUCAGUUCGUGGAAAGCACAGAGUUGGUGUCACAGCUACAGAGUCAAAUUCAGCUACUGUCCACUGGGUCUGAAAACUUCAAAAUGUCAGCAGAGGAAACACAAAGUGCCUUUAACAACCUACAAGAGAAAUAUGCAUCUAACUUAGAAAUGCUGCAGGAUGUGAGAACGCAACUGUCCCAAAGGACUGACGAGGUGUCCAAACUUCAGAAGUUAUUGGAUGACACCAGUAGCGAACAUCAGACGGCAAAUUCCACUAUAGAAACACUGAGAAAUGAGUUAUCUGCAAUCCAUCACAAACUCGAGAAGACUGAAGACCUGAACUCCAGUCUUUUAAAGGAAAAGGACGAAGCUUUUGCUUCUCAUCAAGCAAGCAUGUCGCUGCUGACUGUUGAAAUAGAAAGACUCAAGUCACAACACCUUCAAGUUGUGGCACAAAUGAAUGCGCUGACAGAAAACCUUGAGCAGAGGGAAAUGGCUCUCCAUGCCAUUAACAGUCAGUGCACUUCCCAGGCCAAACACGCAUCCCAGCUGGUUUCAGAAAUGCAGAAACUAGAGCAGCAAAAUAAGAGACUAAAUGAGGAGAUUAGUUUGUCAAAGGAAGAGAACCAGAAGCUUCUUACAGCUGCGAGUAAUGAAAACGCACAUUUGCAGGAGGAAGUUAGAAAACAUCUCGCAGAGAGGGAGGAGCUGGAAAGGCGACAUCAUCAAAUGUGGACAUCGCAGGGGGAGCUGCAGGUUCAAAUGGAGCAGCAGUCCAGCAGCAUGAACGCAAUAAUGGAGAAAACGAUGUCCGAGAAGGAGAGCCUUCAAGCAAAGGUUAGUGCCAAAGAUGAGGAAGUUUCUGAAUUAAAAGGCACAAUUCAAAAGAUAGAACAGAUUCUGCAGGAUUCUGAGAAAGAGUGGCUGUUAGUUUUGGAUAGAGAAAAACAUGACAAGAACCUACUUGCAGAACAAUUGAAAAGUGUUGAAAAUGAAAUGAAAUCUAAAGAUGUUAAAGUUAAUGCUUUGAAAGGUGACUUGGACCAUUUGCAGGAGAAACUAGCAGAGGCUUCAUCUGCACUUAGGCAGGGAUCUGAUCAGCUGAGCGCAAAAGAGACGGAGGCGUCAGCAUCCAGGAUUCAACUUGAGAAGGUAUUAGCAUCUGUCCAGGAGAAGGAUAACGAGAACAACAAUUUGCAGCAGGCUCUAAAAGCUGCAGAACACGAGUUACAUAAACUUGUAGCAAGAAAAAAUGGUACUGACAAAGAUUCCUCUGUCUUGCCACUAACCACAUCUGAGAGUUCAGCUGCGUUAAAGAAAGAAAAAGCCUCUUUACAGGACAUGAUAAAACUGUUACAAGAAAGUCAUCAGUCUGAGGUAGAUGCUUUGAAAAAUGAGUUGGAAAAAACACAAAAUACACUUCAUAAAGGAGAGAGAAAUAAUGAUGAGAAGGGUCAACAAAUUGCUCUUUUGCAGGAGAUGAUAGAGCAUCUACAAACUCGGCUCAGUGCUGAAUUAGAGAAGGAGAAAGAAGCUACCAUCAAACACUCUUCUUUACACAGUGAAUUACAAGCAAAAGAUGAUCAAAUCAACUGUAUGAGCAUUCAGAUAAGUCAGCAGAAGGAAUUACUUGCCGGACUUAGUCAGCAGUUAAGGGACAAAGAUGGAUCCAUCGCCCAAGUGAUAGAAUCUGCAUCAAAUGAAAGAAUGAAACUUGGUGAGGAAAAAGCAUCUCUAACAGAGCAAUUGGAAAGCAUGGAGCAAGAACACAAAACCUCCAUGAAGAGGCUAGAAGAGAUUUCUCAGCAGUUAGAGGAACAUAUGGCACGCUCUCAAAGUGAAAUUGAGUCUAAGAAUUCAGAGAAGCUCGAGCUAAGUAAGAAAAAUGAUGAUCUAAAGAGCGAACUAGCCAAGGUAUCGAAAGAAAAAGAUGCAACGAAGAAGAAGCUUCAAGCUGCUCUCAUUGUAAGAAAGGAUCUGUUGAAGAAAAUUGAGCAAUAUGAAACCCAAAAAGAAGAGAGCGCCAAGGAUCAAAUUGAGGUUUCACUUUUGCAGAAUGAAUUACAGGAAUUAAAAAAUCAAGCUCAAGCCACUGGAAAAAUGUAUGAAGAAAACAUUUCUCUUUUUGAAAAGAAGAUUCUUGAGAAAGAAGGAGAGAUUCUACAGCACAAAACAGAAAGUGAAAGACUCGUGGAACAAUUACAGUCAGAAAAACAGAUUCUGCAAACCACACUGAAUGAGAAAGAAGUGCGUUUGUCAGAAACUUUGCAAACACUGAUUGAGAAUAGCGCCCUUAUAAAGCAGCUGCAGUCCAGUGCUGCUGAGAAAGAAGAAGCAUUUGGGCGAGACAGAAACAUCUGGGUGCAGAAAGCAGAAGAGCUUCAAAAUGAAAUGAAGACCUGUAAAGAUGCGUUAAAGGAGAAAACUUCUUCCACCGCUACCGCUGUUGAUUUAGAAAAUGAGCUUGCACAGAUGAAACUUGAAAAGGCGAAGCUGCAGAAAAAGGCCCAGGCUGCCUUGCUGGCACGCAAAGAGUCCCUGAAGAAUGCUCAAGAAAAUGAAAAGAAAUUGACUCAAGAGCUAGCUGAACUGAAAGACGACUACAAGGCUCUCUUGGAACAACGCUGUCAGCAGACGAAUGAGCUAAACGCUGUCCAGUUAGACUUGGACGAGAAGGUCAGGGAACUGGAGGACCUCCGUAAAAGCUCUUUGUCUGAUCUAGAUGAACUGGCCACCUUAAGACAGCUUGUUGAGGAGAGGGAUAAGACUCUACAAGAUCUGAAGAUGUCUCUGGCUGAGAAAGAGAGCCAGUGCCAUUCUCUAUCAAACUCGCAAACGGAGCUAGAAAAUGUGAAAUCCAAAUGUGAGAGCAUGUCUCUUGAGAUGGCAAGUAAAGAGGAGGCUCUGGUAGUCAUGGAACAAAGAGCAGACGCUUUGAAAUCAAAACUUCACAUGGCAGAGAACGACUUAGAGAAAGCUCACGCAGAAGUAAAAGAGAAAGCGGAAGAAGUUGAGAAUUAUCAAGAAACCAUUAAAGUUGCUGAGCUAAAGACCCAACAGGAGAAGCAAGCUUUAUUAAAUGAAAACAUGGUUUUAAAGACCCAGCUGAGCAUCUCUGAGUCUGCACUGGAGGAACACAUGCACGCAAAUGAAGAAAAAUAUCAACUCUUGGCAGAAGGAAACAAGGCUCUUUUGGAGAAUAGCAAUCAGAUGAAAGUGGAACUUGAGACAGCAGUUGCUUUAGUUUCACAGAAAUCCUUGGAAGUUGUAACCAUCCAAAAGACAUUAGCAGAAACACAGCAGCAGCUCAGUGACAACAAAGCUGUUUUUACAGAGGAGCUUGAAAAAACACAAUCACAUUGUACUGAAAGGCAAAGGGAUUUGGAUUUGUUACAGCAAGAAAAAGAAAAUGCUUUCAGAAUAAUCAAUGAACUCAGGGAUGAGGUAACCACGCUGAAUAAGCAACUGAAGGAGAGAGUAAAUGAGCAGCUACAUCAAGACAAACCGGAAAUGUGCAUUCAACAGGAAGAUGUUAACAAAGAAGCCGUUUGUUUGCCUUGCAAAUGUGCUGAAAACUUUGAAGUGAAACUAAAGGAGAGGGAUGAUGCCUUGUUAGUUUCUCAGACUAAAGUUUUAGAAAAGGAAGAACUAAUUACUGCACUUGAACUGCAAUUAAAGCAGCAAAUUAAAAUGCAUGAAACCUCAGUUGAAAAGAUGAGAACAGAGGCUGAUGAGCUUCAGAAAUCUCAAGACGAUGGCACCAAAAUGAACGAUAAGGACAACCGAGGCAAAGUCGCUCUCCUAACCAGGAAACUUCAAGCAGCUUUAGUUUCGAGGAAAGAACUCUUGAAGGAAAAGGCAGCACUCAAGGAAGAAGUAGAAAAGCUGUCGGCCAAACAUGACUCUAAAGAAGCCGAGUACAUUUCUCUGGAAUCAUUAGUGCUGAGGUUGAGACAACAAAAUAUGGACCUGGAAAGCUCUGUGGCAUCUCUGAACACAGAGAAAGAGGAGCUCCGCACUAAAGCUGAUGGCGUCUUCAAUGAUAAUCGCAGCCUUUCGGCAGCCUGUGAAAGCUUGAAGCUAACCAUAGAAAACAUCACCCAGCAGAAACAAGCUUUCUCCUGCCAGGUUGAAUCUCUUAAGGACUCUCAAACAGAGGAGCUGUCCAAGUGGAAGUCAAAGCACGCCGAGCUGAAACAAGAGUACGAGUCUCUUUUACAAGCUUACGAAAAUGUAAGCAGUGAAAUGGAUAAGAUGAGACAGCUUUUGGAGGGGGCUAAAAGAGAUAGGCAGGAAGCCCUCAGAAAAGUCCACAAACAAGAGACCGAGCUGGAGAUUUUGAACAAGCAAGCUAGAGAGAUGGAGGAAGAAAAUGGAAGAAUUAAAGAGCAGAUGCACAACUUUUCCAAAGAGAAAUGGCAGAAGAUCGAGGAGCAGAAGGAAGAGAAUCAGAAAAUUAAAAAAGAGCUGACUGAACUUGAAGAAAAACACAAAAUGGCAAUGAGCGAGCUGACUAAUAAAGAUCAACAGUUGGAGGCUGAGAUUUGCAGACUUAAAGAGUCAUCAGAGGACCUCAGAAAGAAGCUCACUGAAUUGGAGGCUGAAAAUAACCAACUGGCAGAAAAGCUUCAAGAAGCUAGCUGUUCAUUGGAAGAGAAGCACCUGGGAUCAAAUACAUACGCAAACAACAUGCAGCUUAAACUUGACGAAGCACUCAGUUUGAAUAAUUCACUGACUGCCCAGAUUGAGGCCCAGAAAACUGAACUCGGUGCUCAGUUGGAAAUCAACAACUUGUUACAAAAGGAGAAGCAAAGUCUUUCUGAAAGAAUUGAGAAGAUACAGAAUGAUCACGAGUUUCAGUUGGGAAAGAAAGACGAUGACAUUAAAGAGCUCAAUGACAUCAUUAACAGACACAGCCGAGAGACCAUUAGCCUAAAUGAGAAGGUGAGAAUCUUGGAGGACGAUAAGUCUCUUCUGCAAGAGGAGCUUGAAAAUGUCCAAGAGAUUUCAGACAAAGUGAAAAACGAAAAUGAAUAUUUGGAAACUGUGAUCCUCAAAAACUCUGAAAGGAUUGACGAACUGACCGAGUCGGUCUCUGUUUACCGAACCCAAAACAAGCAGCUGUCCUCCCAGCUGGCCGCUAGUAAAGAGAUGAGCAGUCAAGUUCGUCAAGAAAAAGAGCAAGAGCAGCUCAAACUGGUCCGAGCGUUUGAGGAGAAGCUCAAGACGGUUCAGAGAGGCAGCGAGGGCUCCAAGAAUGUGAAGAAAGAACUGCAAGAGCUACUCAAAGAAAAACAUCAGGAGAUAAAUCAGCUGCAACAAAACUGCAUUAAAUACCAGGAACUGAUUUUAGAUUUAGAGAGCGCUUUGAAGACCUCGCGGUCGGCCUGCGAACACUUGGAGAAAGAACUAAAGAAAAGCUCAGAGAAAAUAUCGGAUUUAGAGGAGAGAGGUAAACUAGAUGAGGCUGAGCUGAUUACACGCAAGAACCUCCUCCAGCAGGCCACAGAAAAGAUUUUGAGUCUUGAGUCUGAAAGAGACCAGCUGGCUUUGGACAUGUCAGAGGAGAGUCAAAAGUCUGAGGAUCAGGUCGUGGAUAAAACGAAAUCACCACAAAAUAUUGAUGAGCAACAAUUCAAUUAUUAUUUGGAGAAUCAAUAUAUGUUACAACAACAGAUAGAUGAACUCAAGGACCUAAAAGAUAAAGAGAGUCAGAAAGUGAAUGAACUGAGGCAGCACCUAGACUCUCAAGAUCUACAGAUAAAUACUCUGAAACGAUCAGCUGAGACUAAUGAGGCAAAGCUGUCUGCUUUAUCUGCCACUCCUCAUGGUGCCGAUGCUUCCAGACUGUGGAAUGAUUUGUACCAAAAGACGUUACACGAGAAGGACAGCCAGCUCCUUGAACAGGGUUACGUGAUCAAGCGAUUCCUGGAAGACAUGAGAGUGAAGGAUAAAGAGGUGAAUGAACUACGGGUGACCAAGUCGAGACUGGAGAGGACUCUCAAUGAAUACUCCGUCGCUGCCGCUGCGCAGCAGAGACAGCUGUUCGUCAUGAGCGCAAGCAACGCUGAACUUACCGAGACCGUGGAGCUUAUGACCGUGCAGGUAAAGGAGCUCAGCGCUCAAGCUGAAAGAAUAGAACAAGAUAAAAAUGCACUGAACCGACAGCUCGCCGACAAAGAAAAUGUGAUUUCCCAAAUGCAGCUAAAUCUCCAGCAACUAGAGAAGAUAAACGCAGACUCGGAUGCACAGCUGCUUCUUUUGCAGUCGCAAAAUGACCAAGUUCGAGCUGACUUUGAGAAGCAGGAGGGAAUUUCCCUGCAACUGAAAACACUCCUGCAAAGCAAAGAUGCUGAGAUCUCCUCCUUGCUGUCCUGUAGAGACGGACAGAUGUCAGGAUAUCUAGAACAACUCCAGACGAAUCACCGCACCCAGGUAGCAGUGUACGAGGACAGGUUGAGUUCUUCACGCUACCAGAGAGAAAAGGCGGACAAAGAGUUGAGGGGCCUUGAAGCAAAGGUCAAAAGUCUGCAAAUUAAAGCUAACAGGUCCAUCCAGGAAAAGGAGCAGAUGGCUGCUAAGAUGGAGUCAUUCAAGAACUCGAUGGUGUCUCUACAGAGUGAACGGGAGCGACUGAUGUCCGAAUACAGAAUGCUUGAAGCAAAGAGUCAGUUAGGGUUAAAGGGUAAAGAGGGCUCUGCUGAUGGGGAAGGUGGUGCCACCAGAGGCCUUAAACAUGAAAUAAAGAAACUGUUACAUCAAAUGGAUGAUCUCAAUUCAGAGAACGCUAUGCUCAGGGCACAGCUGGUUCGGUACAGAGAGGAUUUAAAUCAGGUUUUAUUCCUGAAGGACAACCAGCUGAAGGUGUUGCUGAAGAAACAGCAGGACGUGAUCAAAACCCUUGAAAACCAAAAGGCCGCAGCUGAAAAGCAGCAAAAAGAGUCUGAGUUGGAACUUCAAAAGGAAAAAGAGGCGAGCAGUACUUUAAAAGCAGAGAUUUCUGAACUUAAAACUCAGGUUUCAAUCCUGGAGUCCGAUACAGUCACUCUAAAAAAGGAAAGAGCCGCGACAAACGAGGGCAAAGUGAUUAAUGAUUUGCAAGACGCCGUGGCAGCCAAAGCAGCCGAAUGUAAUGACCUCCAGCAAAAAAUCCUUUCUCAGAAAAUGCUAACUGAUGAGCUCAAGGAAAAGUUGCAGCUGGUGGAAAAUGAAAUGGAGAAAAACCUGGCUGAAGCUGAGGACAAAUACAACAGCGAGCUGGACACCUUUGAGCGUGAGGUAGAGCUGAUGAGAAACGAGCGGGAGACGGCUGAUCGAAGGGUGGCGGAGCUCGCGAAAGACCUACUCGAAAUGGAGCAACAGUUAUCAGAGGCCAAAACGCAAAGCAAAGACACAAGGGCUCAAAAUGAGUCCAUGUGCAAAGCCAUGGCUGCUUUGCAGAACGACCGAGACCAGCUCAUCGAAGACUUCAAGAUCCUGAGAAACCGAUACGAUAACGAACUCCGAGAGACAAAGGCAGCCUUGAACAAGGUCGAGCGCAGUCUGCAGGAUGCCACCUCUGACCUGGCGAUGUUCGCCAAAGAGAGGGACAUCCUCGUUCACAAAAUAAAAGCUUUAGAGAACAAAGACGCGCACACAGAGCUGAGCAAGUUGUUGGAUGAGCUGUCGAAGGAUUUGUCAGGGAAGGAAAGGGAACUGAAGCGGGUCGUCCUGGAAAAUAACGCGUACAGCAGGCAGCUGGCAGCAUUUUCCAGAUCCAUGGCCAGCCUUCAAAAUGAUCGUGACCGGCUAAUGGAUGAGUUAGCCGGGGCCAAAAGAGUGGUUGAGUCCAGGCAAGGGUCAAGCCCAGAGACCGUCACCUCCGUGAGUGUGGAAAAGUCAAAAGGAAGUGCCCUUCAGAAUGAGAAGGAAGGCUUGGAAGCGAGACAGAAGAUGGAUGAAGUACAGACUAACAGACUGCCACCUGAAAAAGAAAUCAGCAGCUACCAGGAAGAAACAGCAGAUCUAAGAUCGGACACAGAGAGGAAGGACACGCUGCCAGUCAAGGAAACGGUUGUUUUGGCAGGUCAGAGUGGAAUGGACAAGGUGGUGAGUCGGUUGGAGGCAGAGAGGAUCCAGCUUCACGGAGACCUGCAGCGCUGCAUGUAUGAGAUCCAACAACGAGACCAGUACCUCCAGCAACUCAACCUCAAGCUGCAGCAGGGAGUGGAGGAGAAAGGUACUGUUGCAGCUCAGCUGAGGGCCGUUUCCCAAACCCUGAGGGACACCCAGAAUCGCUGCCACUGGCUGGAAACCCAAGUCCAAGGCCAGUCUCAGGGGUCAGUGUAUGCUGAGGUUGCACCUGGAGCCCCCCAGGAGAGGAGCAUCAACUCCAUGACUGCUGGAACCGCUGAAGCCAGUCAGUUCCAAGAAAGGCUGCUUGAGUUGGAGCAGAGUCUGACAGACGAGAGAGCGAGGAGAGAGACGGCUGAGGAGGCUUUGCGUCUUGCUGAGGACCGAGCAAAGAGUGUUGAAUCCAGUCUGCCCAGAGACAGUCAGAGGGACUUCAGUAUCGAGAUGGAAGCAGAAGACGAGUGGGAAACUCUCAGUCUCAACCCAAACCAGCCUCUAAUAGCACGAAAGGUGAAAGGCGGCAUGGUGGCGUGCCGACGCUGGCUCAGAGGGAGGAGCCUCUACUUCUCCAGGCUGUUGACGAGCCGCGCGCGCUCUCGAUAUUUCUUUCUGGCCUACCUGCUCACGAUACACGUGCUCGUCCUCAUGUGCCUCACUGGGGCCCUGUAGCCAGCUCACACUGGGAAAUGGGUUUAAGGUUGAAACUGAAAGCUGAAGUAAGUUGUACUUUUUUUUUUUUUUAAAGCUAAUUCAGCAUUUUUAUUUUCUCUCUGCAUUGAAGUGUGAAACACUAAAAGUGGCCGACAUACAGCAAUGGAGAGGCUCUCCAUACGCCUGUCAGGUCACACCUUUCCUUCCUAGGAAAGUAAAUAAUAUGUUCACGGUAAAGUUUCCUGCUCAAACGACGGUUGACAACGUGUUCAAAGAUUUCAGAUGAAUUCUUCACAACAUGUAAUUCAUUUUUAUUCACGUUGUUUGCAAGACUGAACACAGUGUGUCUUAAAUUAGAUUGUUUCCUUUAAAUGUGUUAAAUCAAGCCUUAGAGUAUGAUGCUCUCAUCCCUCGCUGCUGUUUGGGGGGGGGGGGUGUUGCCUACAGUUUGUUGUAGAGCUGCGAAGAUGAAUCGAUUUAGUUGUCAACUAUUAAAUUAAUCGGCAACUAUUUUGAUAAUCGAUUAAUCGGUUUGAGUCAUUUUUAUGAAAAAACUUCUCUGAAGUCAACUUGUUAAAUGUGAAUAUGUUCUAG